AUGGCCACUUACCGUUCUUUGUCUGUUCGCACCUGGACGCCACGCACGUGUCUAUACGACGAACGAUAUCGUAGUAACGGACAAAGCAGGCCUCAGCCAGAACACCAGCAUUCCAGUGCACAGAGACCGCCGCAGGAUCAAAUGUCGGGGCCUUCCAACCCGCAGAAGAGAUUGAAGACACGAGAACGAGAACGAGAACGAGAACGCAUCUUGGCCGCGCCGACAUCGCCGAAGAACUUGGCCUGGGACAACCCGUUUGGCGCCUGGCCGUCGAAGAAAAAGGGGCCUGAAAAGCAGAGGCAUGCAAGCUUGGAUGCCGAAUUGAAAAACCUGGUUCUGGAUGAGCGCCCGGACAGCCGCGAAGCCCGACCGAAUACUUCUCAUGGUCAUCGGAAAAAGGAAGAACAGAGGCCUCAUACUUCUCAUGCUCAGAGGCCGAGUAUGGGUGACCCUCCGCCGAUGGAUUUCCAGAUGCACCCACCAGUUGCAAGUAUGGGCCGGCCGGCCCCAGAGAUGAACCGCCCGCCGGCCGUGGGUCGUCUUCCACCGCGGCAGGAGACUCAGAUGCCACCUGCAGAGCUGAGCCGGUCUCCUCCAAUGAGUCGACACCCAGUUGACUUGAACCGCCCUCCUCCGCUGCAAGGUUUUCAAAGGCCUCCUCGAAGUGGUUCUAUGGAUACGAAUCGACCGCAGCCCCUCAGAUCGCAGGAAAAUGUCCCCCCUUCACCUAGACGCCUGCCUCGACAAGAUCCACGUGGUCCGACUCCACGCGUUGACCAGGAGCACCCUCGUACUGGGCCGUAUGGAGGCUUUGACAGCUAUGGCUCACAAGAAGGAUAUGACGCUCCCAAGGACUAUCAGCCGCCUCAAGACCCUAGGCGCAACGAGUACGUUCAAGAGGAUGGCUACAGGCAAGACUACAUCCCGCCCUCAAGGGCUUAUGAACCGCCGACUGAACCUCCGCACAAAAGACAACCGGCUCGCCCGCCUCGUCCAGAGAACUUCGAUAUAGACAACUACAGAGGCGUUCCCAACUCUGCGGUGCCUGGAAAGACAAGGAGGCGCGACAUGCCAAAUUUCGACGCCAUACCAAUGAGAGCAAAUGAAAAGCCCGAAGACCAUAUCAUUGUAGGUCAAGGUUCUUUUGAUCAGCAAAUCUACCGGAAGCCGACUUAUCAGGUUCCCGGUGCCUUUCCUCGCGGAUUGGACACAACACAGAAGAAGCGUUCUCCUCCAAACGACUUGGGCUCUCCUCUUACAGAGUUUUCUUUCGACCUUCCGUCGAGCGGCCCCAAUGGACCACUUGGGCGCGGGCAACCUCCUGCAUCAUACCAGCAUUCGUACGGCGAGCAGAGAGACCAUGGCUCAAGACAAGGCUUGGGAGGCUAUGAGAACAAUCAGAGGCAGCAAGUUCAGUAUCCUCCUCGAUCAGCAAGCAGGAACGGAAUGAAGCCGCCACCUACUGGAGAUCUUCCGCCUAUUCCAAGCAAUGGCCCAGGCUAUCGAUCGUUCAGUCAGGAUCAAUAUCCUGCUCGUCCUCACACCAGCAAUGCUCACCGACCGGCGCCACAACCCGAUCUGGGCGCAGAAUACGACCGGAGCUACUCUGACCAAUAUCGCGCCCCGUCGGCACCUGUACCUGGACAAUACAACCAAGGGUAUAGUCCAAGCCCAAGCCAGCAAUUACGGCAGCCAUACGGACAAGGGCCGGCUGCAAGGACCAUGUCCCAGGAUAACUAUGCCGGUGGACCACCACCCAGAAAACAGUCUCAUGACAAUUAUAACCCUGGACAAGUUCUACCUCCAGCUUCUUCUGCCCAUCCAGUUCCGGUACGACAUUACCCUGGUGCAAACGUCAAUGUCAACGCCAACCCAGAUGCACUUCCAGCUCACCCAGAACCAGCCCGGAGUAGCGGCAAUGCUAAUCAGCCGCCGCCGCCAGCGCCGCAGCCCGUUCAAAGAAAGGAGCUUUCCAUCACUAACAGCGGCCGAGAAUCUCCACCUGUUACCUCUCAAGAGCUCAACAGCCUACGUGUGGAGUACAGCAGGAACCCGGCCAACUAUGCUGUGGGAUUGAAGCUGGCGAAGAAGGAGGUGGAAGCUGCUAAGGUUCUAGCUGAUGAAGGUGGGACUGCUGAUGCGAAACAGACACAAAAGAAUCGAGAAAAGUACAUAUUUGACGCGCACAAGCUGGUGAAGAAAUUGGUUGCAGCGAAUUAUCCCGAAGCUAUGUUCUACUUGGCCGAUUGUCACGGUCAAGGACUUUUGGGGUUGGCAGUGGAUCCCAAGGAGGCUUUUCACCUGUAUCAGUCCGCCGCCAAAUUGAAUCACGCUCAAAGUGCGUAUCGAGUGGCGGUUUGUUGCGAACUGGGAUCUGAAGAAGGUGGUGGGACUCGACGCGACCCAAUGAAGGCUAUUCAGUGGUACAAGCGAGCGGCAACCCUCGGAGAUACACCGGCCAUGUACAAGAUUGGCAUGAUCCUUCUGAAGGGGCUACUCGGGCAGCCGAAGAACCCGCGCGAAGCCGUGUCUUGGCUCAAGAGAGCGGCAGAACGGGCGGACAAAGACAAUCCGCAUGCUCUGCACGAGCUGGGCCUGCUUUACGAGUCGGCAUCGGGGAAUGACAGUAUCAUCCGUGACGAAAAGUAUGCGUUCCAGUUGUUUCAACAGGCCUCGGAGCUGGGAUAUAAGUAUUCACAAUUCCGGCUGGGUUCGGCCUACGAGUACGGGCUGCUCGGAUGUCCCAUCGAUCCUCGGCAAAGUAUUGCGUGGUAUACACGGGCCGCGGCCCAGGCCGAGCAUCAGUCCGAAUUGGCACUGAGUGGGUGGUACCUCACGGGCUCAGAGCCGUUGCUCCAACAGAGUGAUACGGAGGCAUUCCUUUGGGCGAGAAAGGCAGCCAGUUCAGGGCUGGCAAAGGCUGAAUACGCGAUGGGAUACUUCUAUGAAGUCGGCAUCGGAACGGCCGUAGACGUCGAGGAGGCGAAGCGCUGGUAUUACAGGGCUGCUUGUGAGUAUCCUCCCUACCCCAACAGGAGAUUCAGUGUGCGUCGUUUUGGGGCUAACGGUGGUAAAUUGCAGCUCAAAAUUUCCCAAAAGCACGAGAACGGCUGGAGGAGUUGAAGAGGGGACAGAAGAUGCAAAAGACCAGGGUAUCGCGCUCGAAUGUCAAUCGGCAGGGUGAUGGGGAGUGUGUGGUGAUGUAGGGUGAUUUGUGCAAUGGACAUGGAAUACGGGCAUGUGCUGGUAUGAGGGCACGACUGAUGCUCAGAGUAACAUUCUUGACAUGAGAGUUGCUGUGUAAUGAAAGGCAAGUGAUAUGAUAGCGGCCUUGCGUGAUAGUAUCGGCGCAUUGUGCUGCAUGAAUCUGAUUGACAGACAGCGUAAGAUCGAGCAUUGAAUGCGAGGCGUUGUAGAUUCAGAAUAUAAUAUCUUAAUUGCUCGAGA